UAUUACAAAAAGUGUAUCAUAUACUUUUUGCGGUAUUUGAGAAGUAAAAUAAGCGGCUUUUGUUCCUGAAAUAUUGAAAGCUAAAUCUGUUUAACCAGGACCUCAGAAAGCCAGAAAGAUAUAAGAGGGCCUAUUAAAUAUGUCCUCCUCCCAGUCGUCUUCAAGGCGGCAGUGGUGUUGUUACCUUUGCGAUUUGCCUAAGAUGCCAUGGGCUAUGAUCUGGGACUUUAGCGAGACUGUCUGCCGAGGCUGUGUGAAUUAUGAAGGGGCGGACCGUAUUGAAUUCCUCAUAGAGACGGCCAGGCAUUUGAAAAUAACUCAUGGUAUGCAGGGGGACAGGUCUCCGGGUCCCCAGCCCACCAAACAUGGCCCAGGUGGUAGAGAUGGACCUAUGGAGGGUGGUAGGCCACCUCCUGAACGCUUUGAAAGGGGAAGAGGGGACUACGGAGCCCCAGCACGGCUCCCCAACGGUCUGCACAGAAUAGAUGACGGGGGCCCACAACAAGAUGUCAGUGGACAGAGCCCUAACAACGCCAGACGACCCAUGGUGUGUACCGUUCCGCCCAAUUUAAUGACACAAGGCCUUGUGGGGGCUCCGCACGGGUUGCUAGCAGCUGUGCCCGGUUUAAAUACCAGAGUCGGGGGAACCCCCCUCACCCUCUCUGCCCCCAUGCUGAACGAGAUCACCAAGAGGCAGCUGAGCAUGGGCAUGGGUGUGCCCUCCUUCCUGAGCCCUGAGUUUGAGAAGGAGCUGAGGGAGAAGCAGAGGAACGCAGAGGCUCUGGCCGAGCUGUCAGAGAGUGUACGGAACCGAGCAGACGACUGGGCCGGKCGACCCAAGGCUGUACGAGGGGCCCUGCUCACCCUCUCCGGCUGCACCCCCUUCAAUGUGCGCUUCAAGAAGGACCACAGCCUGGUGGGACGGAUCUUUGCCUUCGACGCCAAGCUGACGCUGGACUUUGAGCUGAAGAUCUUUGCGGAGUACCCGUGCGGCUCGGGGUAUAUGUUCUCCAGCCUGGCGGCGCUGGUCAAGCAGAUGUUCCACGACAGCCAGAAAGACUCUGGGAACAAAGUGAUCAACUUGGGCCUGAAGUAUGUGGAGUACGAGAAAAGGCAUGGCGCGGGGGACUGGCGGCUGCUCUCUGAGCUGCUGAGUGAUUCGGUACGGGCUUUUAAGGACACCCCCGGCCCUGACGUUCUCCCCCAGCCCUACCUGGACACCAGCUGCUCCAUGCUGCCCACAGCGCUGUGUCACAUGGCCCGCUCGGCACCGCCAGCCCGCGUGCGCCGGAGGAAGACUUCCCCGGAGCCCCAGGGUGGAGAGGUAGUGACCACAGAGGAGCAGCUCCGGCAGCACUGGCCCAUGGGGAUGUACCCGGGCAUGGCUAUCCACCUAGCUGCCUCCUCCCUACCCAGCGGAAGCCAGCCACCUCCUCACCAGGAGGGCUCGGCCUCCCACUCCCACAGCAGCGACCCCUCCCCCAUCACAGCACUGAUGAGCGUGGCUGACAACGCGGGUGCAGCCGCUGGCCAGUCACCCAGAGAAGCCCCUAGCAGUAGUGGUGGUGGAGGCCUGGGCCACUCCUCCUUGGCAGUGAGACAAAGCAGCAGCAGCCCCAUGGCAGCCUGCCCUGCAGGGCAGCAGCGCCACCUGGCCUCCAGGAACGGGGAACCCCAGGGAGCUAGCAACUCUACAGGGGGCACCACGGCAGCCCUCCCCCUGGCUGGUGCCUCGGACCAGGGAGCAGGGGACCCCUCCGGCUCCUCUGGUCCCCCUCUCUGCUGCACCAUCUGCCAUGAGCGCUUGGAGGACACUCACUUUGUCCAGUGCCCGUCUGUUGCGGUCCAUAAAUUCUGCUUCCCUUGCACCAGAGACUUCAUCCGGAGCCAGGGGGCCGGCAUCGAGAUGUUCUGCCCCAGUGGAGAGAGGUGUCCCCUGGUGGGCUCCAACGUGCCCUGGGCCUUCAUGCAGGGAGAGGUCGCUACCAUCCUGGCUGGAGACGUCAAGGUGAAGAAGGAGCGCGACCCCUAAAUCCUCUGGGACACCUGACUAAGGCUGUUGACGCCUGAGUGGAGCAGCAGCCUGGUGCCUGCAGAUAACGACAAUCUCAACAGGUUCUCGCCACCUCACAGCCAAUCACCACGGCAAUCCACCAGGUUUUCCCCACCUCACAGCCAAUCACCGUGACAAUCCACCAGGUUCUCCCCACCUCACAGCUAACCACCAUGACAAUCCACCAGGUU